AUGGGUGUUAAUUUCUUAUUAAUAUUAACUGUCAUUGGAGCCGCAUCAGCACAGUUCGUAUACCGAGUAUGCGUCCCUAUUUCUCAAAAGCAUGUAUGCCAGCGCCUUGAAGUCCAAUGGAGUGCGGUGAAAUGCGAGCUGGUGGAAUCCAAAAUCGACUGCGCCCUAAAACUAUCUCGCGGUGAGGCUGAUCUCGGUGUAUUAUCUGAAGAGGAGGUGGCCCUGAUCCCGCAGCAUGCUUCUGGUAAAAACUUCAGAAUCGUGGGAUCCAUCAGAGAUGUGUCAAGGAGCGAACCCUUCGCCUUCGAAUCCGUGGCAGUGGUAUCAUCGAACCACACUGGUGGUCUGGAAGGUCUACGUGGAGGUCGCUACUGCCACCCAGGUCUGGAUGAACCAGAACUACGCUGGUCACCCAGGGUUUCAAAAUUCUUGGAGAAGAAGGUUGCUGAAACUGACCGCUGUCCCGAUGCAAACACCGACGGAAAGACAGCAGAAGAGAUGGAGGUGAAAGCGCUCUCCCAGUUCUUCAACAGCGCCUGCAGACCUGGGCCCUGGAGUGCUAAUAGCUCCGUAGAUGCAGAUUUGAAAAACCGUUACCAAUCAUUCUGCUCACUUUGUGGUGUCAGAUCGAACUGUGCCCGCUAUACCAGAGACAUGGAAGUGACAGUUGCCGGAGUACGAAAUGACAAUAGACACAUACAAGCAUUGCAAUGUCUUAGACAUGGUAAUACUCCAGGAGUAGCGUACGUAUCCUGGCAACACGUCCGCGAGUACUUUAAUCUCUGGAACCCACAAGAGGCAUCAUCCUAUUCCCUGUUAUGUCCUGACGAUUCCCUUGUAGUACUAAACAGCAAGGUCUUGGCUCAGCGUGUCGCUCCUUGCUCUUUUGUUAAGCAACCAUUGAGCGCCCUUAUUGCACCAACAUACCAAGCAAAAGGAAUCCAGAUAAACCUACAAAAGUGGUGGAAAAAUGGCGCCAGUCCUGCUGGCAAUUCCUGGCAAACGGUGCUUUUUGAAGCCAUUGUUGGAGGCUCCAAUGCGAGGGUUUCGUUCGACAAAUCUUUGCCUAAUUUGUCUUACUCUGCUAACUUGCGAAACAUCCCACCAAUCGACGCGUCUCCAAGCUGUAUCCCAGCCCGUCGCUGGUGCACUAUCUCCGAAUCUGAACACUCCAAGUGUCUCUGGGUGCAAUUAGCUGCGCAUACCCUGGGAAUCGAACCAGCGAUUUCCUGCCAACAGAGGAAGUCUGUCUUCGAAUGUUUUGCCGCUAUCAAGGAUAACACUGCUGAUUUUAUUGCCGCACCAGCUAACUACGGAUUCAUGGCCCGACAAUACUACGGUCUGUUACCUGUGAAGCUAGUUCAAAACCUACGCAACAAUCCACGUGCGUUCUCCCGCGUCGUGACUCUUCUACGGGCUUCGAGUUCAAUUUCUAGCUUUGAAAACCUUCGUGGGAAAAAUGCUUGCUUCCCCGAGUUUGGUGGCAUCUCAUACGUAGCCUUCAACAGAGCGGCACAAGAAAACGGUGUGAUCUCUCGCUCAGAAUGCGACUACGCACGUGCGGUUGGGGAGUUCUUUGGUGACGCGUGCGCACCUGGAGCGCUCAACGCGUCCCAAAUCUCAGCAUCCAACUACGAUGUCAAGAGCCUUUGUUCCUUGUGUAAGCCGGCUGAUUCCGUAGCCCCAAAGGGAUCGAAAAUCUGUUCCUACGACUCCACCAACAAAUACUAUGGCAACGCAGGUGCAGUGGCCUGUUUAGCUGAUCCAGAAAGUGAUGUAGCGUUUGUGGCAUUGGAGAAUAUCGAUGCUAAUCUAAAGGCGGCGGGUCUCGAAGCAUCUCAAAUUCGAGUUCUCUGUCGCAACAAUACCUUGGCGUUGUCGACUGGUGUUUCGGUCAACUCGAACUGUCUCCUCGCUGAUGUUGUUGACUCCGAGGUGUUGACACGAAGAAACGACCCACUCCUUAAUAGCUUGAACGCUCUGUUGGACACUCUUGACGUACACUUUGGGUACUUCACGGACACCCAACUCAUCAAUUUGCCGAUUUACUCAUCGUUCGAUGGUGUGAACGACCUUCUCUUCAAAAACACAGUAGUUGGUUUAACAGAGCCUACUAGCAGCACAGUGAAUGAAGCUGCCCGGAAUUACCAUGAGCUCUUCCAACAUUUCGACUCCUGCGUCAGGAAUUAG